AUGCGCCGCGCGGCGACCCUGGGACUCAGGGUCGCCCUUCGUAGCUCCACCGCCGCCCCGGCGGCGCAUUGCUCCACCGCGUACGCCGCGCCCGUCGCGUCCUUCGCGCGAGCGCGUCACCAUCCCUCGCCGUGGACGGACGUCUCACGAGGGUUCGCCGCCGAGAGCGACGACGACUUCAAACCCAAGGUUCACGCCACCGGCGGCGACGAGGUUCAGGCGGCGAUCGCGCAGGACGUCAAGGAGAACAGGGUGCUGCUGUACAUGAAGGGAACGCCCUCCGCGCCCCGGUGCGGGUUCAGCAACAUGGCGGUGCAGAUCCUCAACUUUCACAACGCGGACUUUGCGAGCCGCGACGUGCUGGCCAGCGAGGAGCUCAGGAACGGCAUCAAGGAGUUCACGUCGUGGCCCACGAUUCCUCAGGUGUUCAUCGACGGCGAGUUCGUGGGGGGUUGCGACAUCCUGAGGCAGAUGCACUCCGACGGCGAGCUGGAGAAACUCCUGAAGAAAGCGGCUUGA